AGCCGCCAGCAGCAGAUGUCUCUCUCCGCGUCUCCUGUCACUGUCUCACAUCUACAGCCCCACUGCUCAUUUUCUGCGUCGUCAAACUUUUCAUUCGACACAACUCGGGUGUAUUAUUUAAAUUCAGGGAGCCGCACGCGCAUUAUUUUCAUGGUUCGACUUUGAAGAGACAGAAACUCUGUCGGAUCCGAGAGGCCAGGUUUGAGCACAGCUGUCCAAACACUGCGAUGUCAUCAAAAAUGCAGAGCUCCAGUAGCAUAGCGCAGGCCAGACGGAUGGUGCAGCAGCUGAGGAUAGAGGCCGGCAUCGAGAGGAUAAAGGUGUCCAAAGCCUCAUCAGACCUGAUGCGCUACUGUGGAGAACAUGCCAAGAAUGACCCGCUGCUCAUGGGCAUCCCCGCUUCAGAAAACCCUUUCAAGGACAAGAAGCCUUGCACUGUUUUGUAGGUGAACAUCUGAACUUUUGCUGCUUUCUUUUUUUAUUCUUAUGUGGGAAACAAAAGCUGUUCACAACUUAUCUUAGCGCCAGUGUACCCCCCUUUACUUUUUCACAUGCCUGCUGCAGUUUAAGGAAUGUAUUCUAGAUACCAGUUACACCAAAGAACAGGCAGAAGCGUGAAGCUGUGGCCUGGAGUUGAGCUGUACCAUGGAUGGGAGAGAUCCUAACUCUCUAAUUAUAACGGCACACAUAAACAAGCCCCCUUAAUCAUUAGUCCAAUCAGAUUUAGGCUUUCAGCUUUCACCUCUUGCUUUCAUCAGGCUUGCUUCAGGAAACAGUUGUUGGAGGUUGUGUUUUACUGAUAAUGAGAGCCAGAGAUAAUGAUAUCCUGUCCCCAGACAAGUAAACUGUCUGUCACAUGAAGACAAAUAGACAGAGUGGAGGUCUACUUCCACUGAUGCAUAACUCCUCAGAAACAAUCACAAAUAAUAGUCUUGGCCAUUAAAUUGUUCUCAAACAACUCAAAUCCUAAUCAAAUUGUUCUAUCUAAUUCAACCUUUCCAGAGACAAACAGUUCCCUGAAAAUGUUGAUGGGAUUUUUUUUUCAAGGUACUAAGAACUGCUUUUACCAGUGUUAGGAUGAAGUAUAGCUUAUUUACAUUUACAUGUUACCUCAAGCUAGUUGCAAUCCUGUUAUACGGCAGACUUUCAAUACAUACUUCAAUUAAAUCCAGUGCAAAGCUAUUGAAGGAAUACUUCACCCACAUAAUUAUCAUUUAUAAAUGAAUUAAUUUGUGUAAAAAAUGUUGCUUUUCUCACAUGCCUUUACAGUGAACGAAGAAUCCAAAAGCAGAAAAUUCUGUAUGAAUCUAAGUCAGCGGGAUCUGUGUUAAACAACAGCAAAACUAUAUCAAAACAUCAGUUUAUAAACCCUCAUAAAACUCGUGCAGUAUGAUCCAAGUCUCAUUUAUCCGGUCGUAUGCUCAGUACUUGCCAAACACAUGCAUUCAUGCUAAAACCAUACUAUUUGAAACACUUAUGCAUAAAGUAGCACACCUGGGCACAAGCGUGCAUUUAAACUCCAUUGAGCAGAGUUCAAAUGCAUGGUGUUGCUUGCAGUGAUGCAGUGGUUAGCACCAUCGCCUCAAAGCAAGAGGGUUCUCGUUUGAACCUGCCGGCCGGCAGAGAUCCAUCUGUGUGGAGUGUGCAUCUUCUGCCCAUGUCAGCAUGAGUGUUCUCCAGGUUCUCUGGCUUUCUCCCACACUCCAUGUGCCAGUGUGAUAGUCUAGCGACCUGUCCAGGGUGUCAGCUAAAAUAAACUCCAGUCCCCCCAUGACCCUGAAAAGGCUAAGUAGCUACUGAUAAUGAAUGAAUAAAUGAAUGUGUUUGUGAUGUACUGAUUCUCCGUGCACACGUUUUUUUGAAUGUUUGUAAACUGAUAUUUUGAUUUAGUUUUGCUGUUGUUAAUUGCGGCCUCCUUUUACUCCAGUUCAUCAAGAAUGUUCUCUGUUUUUGGAUUCUUCGUUCAAGUUCAAGUUUUCUUGACGAGUUCAACGUAGCAUGGAAUAACUGAUCAAGAAAUGAUCAUUUUGUGGAUGAUGUCUUGCCUUAAAUUGUGCAGUUUUAAUACCAGAGGGUAGAAUUCUCUUGACAAAACUGUCUAAGUGUCUUUUUUAGUCAUUUUCUUUGCAUUUGCCUUAAAAAAUGAAUGUAAAACUCAGUCCAACUAUCUCUAAAAAUGACAUGUUCAGAUGAGAUCAUUGUGCAUGACCCUUUUGCAUGAGGUAUUCCUUGAUUUAUAGAAAGAAAUAUUCAUUAUGAGGCCAUCAUUGCUGAAAGAAAAGGAUUCAAGACCAUUCUGUGCCAUCUUAUCACAUCUACCUACUUUAAUGUCACUAUGUUCUUUCUGCAGAGCCAAGGCUGUACUAUUCAGGCACUUUGAAACCGGUUAACACCAGAUGACUGUUAUACUGUUGAGUGUAAAAACAUUCCAUGUUUACAGCUGCUCUAAAAUUUUCUCUGAUUUUAUGGCAACUGGCAGUGUGUAGCUGUGUCUUUGUGUUGUGUGUGUUGGUGCUCAUGCAAAACAUAAGCAACUAAUUUUGCAAUUUUACCGGCCAGGGCCUUAAUAAUGAAGUGAUCCGGCUUCAACCUCUCGACUACCUUUUUAGUCACAUAAGUGCUGUUGUCUAAUACUGUGAAUAAGGAAGGCCCCUAAGGGAUCUUACAAUAGGCUAUUAACUCAAAAUGACUCAUGUUCAAUAAUGGUUUCCACCAAGAUAGAUCUCAUACGUCCAUAAAUAUUGUAGCACAUUAUGGUUAUCCAUGAACCACAGUGUAUGCUUGCUUUUUAGGAUUGUGCUGAUUCAGUUGAACCUCAACUUUGCAUUUCUGUUUUGUGACAUUAAUUCAACUUUUUGAAUUAAAACUGAGCGUGUUGUUGUUUCAGUCAGUUUUUACUUGUGAAUAUGAAUUUGUGUUUUUAGUAGCGAGACAAUUACAAUGGUUUCUCACACCUUGUGAGUGUAGGUCAGAACUUAUUGUAUGUCAUGUUCUGCCUUUACCUGUUUGUGGUAAAUGCAAAUAAACCUAU